UACCUAUCUUUCUUGUCUUGUUUUACGAAACGUCACAUUCGGGGGGUUACCCCGAUGUAUAAACUUGUUAUUUUAUUCAAAAAACCAUGAAUAUGGCUCGUACAGCGUACAAUUGCGCAUUUAAACUCUCGUGCUAACGAUAACAAACAGUGACGACAUAAAAUAAGUGCUUAAAACAAUAAAAAACAGUGUUCACAAUGGCUACCGAAGACGCGAAACCUAUAACUGUGAAAAAGUUACCUCUAAUACUGAACAGGAAGAUAAUAAUUAAAAAAGGUAUCAAGCCAUUAGGAAAGAAUAUUAAAGUGGUCAAAUCAUUGCAAAAUUCGUUUCAAGAGGAUGUGAUUUAUACGUCUAAAGAAGGUGAUUUCAUGUCGGGGGAAGCCCGAAGUAUGACUAUUGUAAACCGUCUAAAUAUAUUGACUAAGGCUUGUAAGACCAUUGCGAGGUGUCAAAGCCACACAGGACAGUUGUACGAGAAGACCUCCGAAGAAAUAACAAAGUUAAUCGGUCAGAAUAAUUACGAUUUAUUAUUCAGUUCUUUAUGUUCAAUCAUUAGCCAAGAAUUGAAGAUACGUAGUUUGUAUUCCUUGUUAACUGUUCCUAAAACUACAAACGCGACGGCUUGCCAAACUGAGUUUAGUGAAUUGAGUUUAAUAGUGAAUAAAAAUUGUGUGGAAACUGUAUCGCAGACACAAGAAACUUGUUUAAGUGGUUUCGUUAAAAAGACAAAUAAACGACGUACAAGAAGACAGAAUUUAGCCCCUCAAGUGGUCACAGAUGCACCGAAGGAAGUCAAAAAGCCACGUCGCAUAGUCAUAUCUCCGGAUAAGUUUGCGGAUUUCACAGAAGAGGUUGUUAAAAAGGAGUCUACGCCUGAAAGUAAUUUACCAGAACUCGGGUCCGUGUUUGACGAAGAUUCUGAUUCCAACAACAGUAUGGGACGGUUUUCUUCGUUGUCAAUUAAAACUACAUCGGAUUUAAUGGAUAAUCCGUUGAAUAUAAUUAGUAACGUUGAUCGACAUACGAGGGAUAUUAAUAAUGAGAGUAAACCGUUUAAUGUCGUGGAACCGUACAGAAUAUGUAACUUAAAUUCUCCGGAGAGUCCAGGGGUUGAACAGUUACCGUUUAACUUGAAAGAAAUGUUGCGUCACGUGCCACCGGAACAACGGAUGAAGCUGCUACUCCGUCAAGGUUUAACGGACUGGAAAUAUUGUCUAACGAUAGACCAAGAGGGGCAUUUACCUAUCCACGUGGCUGUGUUGACGAGUGACGUCGACCUGCUGAGACGACAGUGCUUAGUGCUGAAGAUGAGAGGAUCCACGGUAGAUCUGCUAGCUGAUGGAAUGACACCACUACGAAUGGCCCUGUUCCAAGAGAAUCCUGAACUGACUUCAGUACUCCUGAACGCCGGAGCUGAUCCCUUCGAUCCUGAUGAUGAGGACAGGACUCCAUUCCACAUAGCAGCCGACAUGAACACUGAACACCUGCCCGUAUUGCUGAACUACUGCCAAAUGAAUGCUAGGAAACUAUUGCACGAAAAUGAGGAACUAUGGAAGCCUAGCUUUGAGAAUAAAACCGAUGAAGAAUUAAUGCCGAUACUCAUGAUGCAUAUCAACAAGCAAUAUGAUAAUCAGGGCUACACUCCGCUCAUGUUGGCGAGUAAAUCCGGGCGCUACAACAAUGUGUUGGCCUUAGUGGAGAGUUGUAGGGCCACGGUAAACAUGUGCACGCCCAACAGUGGGAAUACAGCGCUCUACCUCGCUGUAAGCGAAGCGUGCAUGGAUGCUGCAGAACGAGGAAACAAAACUAAAAUAGUGGAUCAUUAUAAAAGGACUAUAGAGAUCUUAGUAGAGAAUGGCGCAGACCCUAAUAUUAAUAACUUCGCGGGUUCAAGCGUGAACGAUCUUCUAGCUGAGUUUAGUAUAGCUGAGUUAUCGAUGCUAAUAGCUAAUAAACUGACUUCGGUACGCUAUUUCGAUAAUGCGCUACCAAACGGUAGUAAAGGCAGCGAUUUCAUGCUCUUCAAAGAUGAUAAAGGGGAGGUUAAUAUUAAAGAAGUAAAAGAAAAGAAACCUACCACACCGCCGGCCAAAAUCCCCCCUAAAAACUUGAAAACAUCACCAGUUAUUCUAGAAAAUAUUACCAUCAAAAGUCCCGUUGUAGGCGCUUCUCCCAAUCUUCUAAAGCCUAUCAAACUCGGCCCCCUUACCCCCUUACCCAAAAAACAAGAUAACCCCCCUCAAUUCACGCCUAUAGUACAAAAAUUUAAACUAAAUAAACCUAUUAUAAUGUCGGAAAUAGGGGAUAAGAGGAAAUUGGAAAUCGUAAGCCCAAAUGUCAUAAAGAGAAUAAAAAAGAAUGAUUAAAAAUGUAAUUUUUUUAUCCGAGGUUUUUUAAUCUCGAGACUUGGAUGUGAAAAAUCAAUAAAAAAAAAAGAAGAGAAACACGGUUUGACAAGUAGAAGAUAUGGUAUGUCAUCUUGACCGUAUCGAGAAGAAAAAUGGGAGAUCCAAAAUGGAGAUCAUAAGAGAUUGAGCUCAUGUAAACAGCAGCUCAUGUAGUGUAGAUGUCCAGUCAACAAGGAUGUAGCGAGGUUGACUGUGCAGGCGACACACGUACUUAGGUAUCGUCAUGAGCUAAUGUUCACAUGUAAACAGCAGCUCAUGUAGUGUAGAUGUCCAGUCAACAAGGAUGUAGCGAGGUUGACUGUCCAGGCGACACACGUACUUAGGUAUCGUCAAAAUGAGAAAUGGACGAUUGAACAAGAGGUAAGGAGAAAACAAUAUAUUGUUGUCCUUUUCUAAUUGAUGGCCUAUUUUUGACAUAUUCUUGAGACGAAAGGUUUCAAAAUUAGAUUCCCGGACAAGACGAUUUUUAUUGAGAUUUUUAUUUUCGAAAUUCUCAAUAAUAUAGUUUAGUAAAAGAGUGCUUUUUGUUCAGUUUUUUUAAAUACUAGAUUAUUGCAACAAUGUGAGAAAUAAAAUGUAUGUUGUUAGGGAAUAUGGAUUUUUUUGUUUUUAUUUUUGUUCUUAUGUUUAGAAAAAACUCGAAUGAUUUUUUUUUAUGGAGUGUUUGCAAACAAAAUCUAAAACCUAUUUUUUUAGGUUUACUAAAAUUGUACAAUGCUUUAAAAGCUGAAUUUAUUUAUAAAAAAGUUAAACAAAAAUGCAAUUUUCUACUAUUUUAGCAACUAUCAACAAGGAUUGACUGUUAUUAAUUGACUCAAAAAUAAUAUUUUUUGAGUCUAAAUAAGAUGUUUUAAAUCUAUUAUAUUGUGUUGUAACAUAACAAUGACAGACAGAGGGCCUACUCCGGUUCUCGAAUCUGAAGUUUCGUUUAAUCUUCAGCCGUAGAUUUUAUCGAUUUACUAAUAGAAUUACUUGAAAUAACGUUUUAUUUUUAAUUUCAUAUCAAAAGCUAUUUAUUUAUCUUAAUUUCAUUCGUUCAUUUUUGUUCACGAAAGUUCGCAAUAAAUAGAAUUGUAGUAUGCAAUCUGCGAAGUUUCGGACGAAAUUUCGUUUUUCGUUGAAUUAGAGUAGGCCUCCU